AUCGCAACAACAUGGGCAAGGACGAGCUGGUCGCCAAGAAGGCGCGCCGCGAAGAGCAUCUGCGCACGAUCUACGCGACCCUCGAGGCGAUUGUGCCCACGUACGAGACCGCAAUUGCGACGCUGGAAGCGUCCGUUGCGAGCAACCGGACGCCGCGCGGCGUCGAGCAAUGGUUCUUCCUUUACCUGCGCAUUGUCGACUUGGGCGUGCAGAUUCGGCGGGGCGAACUGCGCCAUCGCAGCAGCGCCCGCAUCCAGUACAAGUCGCUGACCAAGACAGUGCACGCCAACGCGACGACCAACGGCCUUGGCAUUGACGACGCCAACGUGCUCAUCAACGACCUCGAGAAGAUCCAUCGGCAGCUCAAGAAGCGCAAGCCGAUGCAGCUCGAUAUGCUCGAAUCGCAGUUUGACAUUCUCGACCGCGAUACCAUCGGGCCGCUCGACAAGCGUCUCUUCGAGUGCAAGCGGUCCAUGGAAAGCAUGCGCAGCACUUAUUACUCGAGCUGCGCGAUCGUCGUCCACGGCGACCUCCACGUCGAGCUCGUCAUCAAGGAUGGGAUCGACAUCGUCCUCACAAGCCGUCGCAUCUGUACGUCUAUGGCAGUCUGCGCCUGUGCUCCAGACGCCGAGCCGUGGCGUUCCUUUGCCAUCACUGAGAGUCUGCCGCCCGUCAAGAAGCCGACGCCGCGGCCCAUCACCGAGGAGACGAAUGACGCGCCGAGUCUCAACGACCUCAAAAAGAGCUUUGGUGUCGACGUCGACGAGCGUGAACGCACGACCGAAGCCUUCCACAACGAAGUACUGGGGCUUGCGCCCGUGGAUAGUGCACCGAGUCUGCCGGACGCUCGGGUCAAGCGCCGAUGCUUGCCGCUCCAGCAAGCUGUCCAGAAAGAGGUUACGUCGGCGCUCGAUGCGUACUCGCAGUCGACGGUCCAUGCGAUUCUAGCGGCACUCAAACUGAUGGGGCCUCCCAUCCCGGCCGGGAGUGUGCCGUGCGCCGUCCGCUUUCACCUCAUCGAGUGGAGCAGUAGUGCCUCGAGUAUCGACAAGGUCUCGAUGGUCGCCAACAUCGCCACGUCGGCGAACCUGCAUGUGGCCAAGUGGGUCAUGCAGGACAUGACCCUCUCGGUGGCCGAGGUCUCGUCGCUCAGCACGCAUCUCGCCCAGAACGCGUGCUUUCGCCACGUCAUCGAGCUCGACUUGCGCGGGCUUCUGACGCCGUUCACUGUGUUCUCGAGUCUCUUGGCGUCGGUCGCAACGCUCCCGCUGCUCGAAAGCCUCGACCUCUCGUACAACAGCUUGCAUGCGCACGGCCCGGAGCUCGCGGCGGUGCUGAAGCUCUGCCCGCGCCUCCGCAGCCUCCAUCUCGAACAAUGUCGACUGGAGGGCCUCGAGCCGCAUCUGCUGCAGGGGCUGGAAGACAGUGGCGGGCUUCUCGAGACGCUGGUCCUUGCCGAUAAUACGCUGGACGGAAGCUUUCUCGAGGCCCUUUGGGCGUUGCUACCGACACUCUCGCUGCACACACUGGACCUGCGCCACGUUCAGACCCAUCAACCAGACACAAUCGCGUUUCGGUCGUUGUCGACGCUCCAGCACCUGUUGCUCGACGCGUCCACGCUUCUGCAGAGCGCGUCCUUUGUAAGCAGCCUCAACUCGGCGUUGAUCGACGAGUCGUGCGUGCUCCGGACGCUGUCGCUGCAAUGCACGUCGCCGCCACAGGACGCGAUGGUCGAGCUCCUUGGCCAUGUAACCCACUACGGACAGCUCGAGCGCUUGUCGCUGCUGGGCGUCCCGUCGCUGCCGCCACUUCACUUGCUCGUGUGCGCCGGCCUCGCCAAGUGCGCGGAGCUCGAUCUCACGCUUCAGCUGGCGGCGCUGCCGCCGUUCAUAGAAUCGCUCUCGGAGGCGCGGCUGCCAGCGCUCAAGCACCUCCGCGUACGCAUCUCGCCGCCCGCGUCGCCCGAGGCCAUCGAGAGCCUCCGCGGCGACGUGCUGCAGCGCCUCCCGGCGAUCAAGACCAUUGAAAUCACCUCGCGGGCCGUCUAA